AACAUAACUCUCGAGCCGUAAAGUUGUUGCAAACGUGUCAAGCGGAAAGUCAUUCAAAGUUUCCUCUCGAUAUUUCGCGUUUUACUUGAGUUUCAAUUCGAAUCAUUUGUGUUUUCGUGCAGUUGGGGCCAUAUUAGUAAAAGGACCCACUGAAGCGAAACAAAAGACUGUGGCAACAAACCAACUUACCGCUUGCUGCAUAUCUUAAAGCCAUGUUACCACAAAGGAGAAAUAAACAACUACAACAAACAGAACAGUGGAUAAUGUUGCUGUUUACUUGGCCUCUGCUGUUGCUGCUGUUCACACAAGAGGUUGCCACACAGGAACCACCAGCUGGGCCAGUUGAGUUUGCUCCUCAUGUGACGGCCACAUGCAAAGCUGGCACCAUGAACAUCAAAGUAAAGUUCAGCUCCGGCUAUACGGGAGCUGUCCAUGCCCGGGAUUAUCGGACUCCUGCCUGUAUGGCCAUGGGCGAUGGCAGUGAUUCGGUUGGCUUUAGCCUCAACCUCUGGGCCAAACAAGGAGCCACGGACUACUGUGGCAUUCUGGUCAGCAACGUGAGUGGAAGCAAUCGCACCGAGGAGCGUUCCAUUCAGCUUGCAGUGCGUGUGCACAAGACUCUCGAAUUGGCGGAUGAUAAAUUUUAUGUGAUUACCUGUGGCAAAUCGGGCUUUACGCGCGAUGACAACGCCCAUGUUGUACUUAAGUUUCUGGAGAAUGAUCAUCGAGUGCGUGAGACAGUCUAUGGUCAUGAGUACAAGAUACGCGCCGAGUUCUCAAAGCCAAAUGAUACCUAUGGCUUACGUGUGGGCAAUUGCUUUGCCUUUGACAGGAAGAAUCUCACCCUCAAGUUGACAGAUGAUCGAGGCUGCCCUUAUGAUCGUAAUUUAAUAAGCCGAUUUGUACCCACUGCCGAUGGUCGAGCUGCUGAAGCUACACUUGCCACUAUGUUCAAGUUUCCUGAGGGCUCGGAAGUUCAUCUUCAGUGCGAUGUCAUACAAUGCUAUGGACGUUGUGUGGAAUUCGAUGAUUGUAAUGAUGUGGCUCUGGCCGGUUUCACCAAGGGCGGCAAUGGCAAUGGACCUCGCAAACUUGGACCCAACGAAGAGGGUUCCAGUCUAGCUGGAACUACUGUAUUUGUUCUAGAUCCUGCCGAGGCGCGUUUGCUCUCAUCGAAUUGCGAGGAGGGUAUACGUCCCAGUUGGUUGCUUUGGCUGGCCAUUACCUUGGGUGUUCUAUUCCUGAUAAUGUUGCUCAUGAAUAUAUUCCUUUGCACGGCCAUGAGCUGCAGUUGUGCUAAUACAGAGAUCAUUGAGAAAGAGCCAUCGAUAAUUGAGGAAUACGAUCCAUAUCGUAGCUGGCAUGGCAGUCAGUAUGGCUCACGAUAUUCGCUGCAUGGACGGGAUGCGCACAAGGGCUAUACCAGUGGCGGUUCCACAAUACACUCAAAUAGGUCUGAUAGAUAUUAAUUAAGUCUGCCUGCAAAACAAAAAACAAACACCAAACACACAAAACACACACUCUAUACAACACUUCGAUAUGCAAAUGCUGCCGCUGUUCUGUUCUUCCAACAAAAAACAAUAAAACUACAAACAAAAAAGUAUUUCUGGUAAACACAAACACUUACACACACACACACACUAAGCAUGCCUUAAAGGACAUAUUCCUGUAUCUAUGUAUUUGCCGUAUCUCCUGUUAACUGGAAAACAAAACAACAAAACAAAAUAUUGUAUUCACAAGAAAUUUUUUAAGAGAAUGUUAUACCAUUUCGUGCCUAGUAUUGCUGUAACUGUAAUUAACCGUUAUUAAUUCUGCAUUUUAUUUAAUGAUAGUAACUAACUUUCUUAGUACUGCUAGACCUUCUUCACUCCAUCCCUCCAACAAAUACAAAAGCCACAACAAAUCAAAACUAACUGACAAUAUUUCCAAAUAUUUAUAGUAACCAUGCUAACUUUAAUCUCUAUUAGAACUCUUCAUUCAAUCCAAUAUUAUUAUUAUGAUUUUGACAUUCCAUUGUAUUAUUAAAUCCCAACUUAUCAUCCAACAUACUACUCCGAAGGUCUAUGCCAAUCGAUAACGAUAACGAUUACGCAAUUGUACAUUCGCGACCCGGCUCUAGACAUUCCCAUUCCACGUUACACGGACAGCGCGCCAAUCGUGGACCGCCCAGUAAUAUCUGAUUGUUAAACAAACACAAACGAAAUCACUAAUCCUUAAUGAGAAAAACAAACAAUUACAUAAUUUUCAAUAAGUUAUUGCAUAAGUCUUUCUCUUUCCACAUUAAAUACUAAGUCUCAAAUGUAUAUAACUAAAACGUUUAAUGCUCUCCUCCUUCUUCAGUUUUUUUCCAAAUUGUCUAGGCUUAAUACAAAAAAAUUAUGAUCACAUUGUAAAAUACUAAAAACUACAACUAAUUAAAUACGAAAAAAAACAAAAAGAAACAAAAACAAAGAGAAAAUUAAGUAAAUUACUAAACAAUUCAAUUUUUGAAAUCUAUUUAACAUAAGUCAUUAGUCUCUCAUAAGUGCAAACGAAUGUGUAUUAGCGAAAUGUUUCAAUUAUUUGUAAAAACGAAAUUAAAAGCAAAUCCCAACAAAAUUAAAUUAAACAUUAAAAUGUAUUUCGUAUUACAAAAUAGUGUAAAAUCAUAAGCAGACAUUUGGCGUAUUGCGUUAAACGUAUA